AUGAGUGAAACCAAAUCGAAGGACAGCUAUCAGAAGUAGAAUCUAAUCGUCAUUGGACAACACUAUGUAUUAAAAACCUGCAUUUACAGAGGCAAAAAACAUAACUGGUAUUUGGGUAACCCAUUUAUAUUUAUUUCAUUAUAUUCACAGCCAUCAACCAAGCAUAGCCAGGUAAUUACUUCAUCGUCAGAUUGGUAAUGUAAUCAAUAUUCUAAAUUUUAUUGUUAGUUCAUUUACCUGAUAGGCAAACACAAACAUCGACAGUUUACAAGAGGAAGAAAAACUUCUGAAAAA